GAAAAUUAACUAGUUCAAUUUAUUGUAAAUAUAAUCAAGUUUCUAAUUUUAAUAAGUGGAUCAAUUAUUCUUUUGAAGAACUUGAUAUACUUAUAAAAAAUCAAGAAAAUCGUCCUAAAAAAUAUCAUUCUGAUAAUCUUGACAAGCUACUUAAAUAUUACAAAAAAGAAAUCUUUGAUUCUAAAUAUCAACAGCUAGUUAAACUAUACUCAGUAUUAGGAGGUCUUUUAGAAGCAGUAGAAGAAUAUGGAAUUGAAGAUUGGAUGGCAAAUUCAACUUAUAUUACAGUUUUUGUGAUUUCAGCAGUUUUAUCGGAAAUACCACCACUUGUAAUUACAGUACUUCUAUCUGAUCAAAAAGAAACUUUACCAAAAAUAAUUGAAGAAAACAACUUGGUUGUUAAGCAUUUAAAUUGUGUUGAUGCAAAAUUAGUUAGAUUAUAUUUUGAUGGUGCUCCUCAUAAUCAGAAUUGGCUAGAUAAAAUGUAUUUUACUAAUUAUAAAUUUCAAAAUAAGUUAGGAUUAAUUAAG